AUGGAGGGCACCGCAAACUUGGUGGUGUAUCGCAACGGUGAGAUAAUACAUAAUACUCAUGAGGGAGUGAGGUUUGUGUCCCAGAAUCCGUUUUCGUUUGUGGUUCCAUGCACGAUGACGUUAAUGGAGCUGCAGAACGGCCUCUGUCAAAGCAUGGAAAACGGUACAUUAAUGAGAGUGAGCAGAAUUCUGUAUCGAAAUCCGAUUGUAGUUUUUGGUGGUCUAAUACAGUUUGAUGUCAUGCCGAUCACUAAUGGAGCGAAGGCAGUGGCGGUUCAAAACGAUAUAGAUAUACAUGAUGAUAGAGCUGCAGUGUACGAAGGAAUGAAUAGUGACAGCGAAGAGGACUUCGAAGCCACUUAUGAGGCCGGCGACGAAGAUGAGGAUAAUGAUGUGGGAGUUGAGGCAUCAACAGAGAAUGUAGUGGUUCAUCCGUUGAGCAGUCAAUCGAUGGACGUUCCACCUUUUAUGCGUGAGUUGGAUCUCGAAGCCAUGCAUGCCCCCGAGUUUCCGGAAUAUGCAAACAUAGGGGUUGCUGAUCCUGAGGACGGAGAGUUCCGGAUUGGAAUGGAAUACAGUAGUAGAAAGUCGGUCGUCGCAGCAAUUAGAAAUUUCACUAUAUCUAAAGGAGUUGACUAUGAGGUGUAUGAGUCUGAGCCACAGACGUUCUAUGCAAAAUGUAAGAUGUACGGGCGUGGAUGUGACUGGCUUAUCCGAGCCAGCUUGAUACGGAAAAAAGGCUGUUGGGAGAUACGCAGAUACAACGGUAGGCACACGUGCACGAUCAGAACGAUUUCACAAGAUCAUUCCAAGUUGGACUCAGAUACAGUUGCUGAGGCUAUAAGGCCAUUGGUCGAGACAGACCCGACCAUCAAGGUGAAAUCUAUAAUUGCAGAAGUCCAGUCGAGGUUCAACUAUACCAUCAGUUACCGAAAGGCUUGGUUGGCAAAGCAGAAGUCAAUAGCCAAAAUUUUCGGUGGUUGGGAGGAUUCUUACAGCCUUGCCAAUCAGUUACCGAAAGGCUUGAAGAUGCCUGGUUCAGUUGUCCAAAUAGAAACACGACCACUGUACAACGGGAAUGAGGAGGCACAGGGUGUAAAAAUACUGCAUCGUGUAUUUUGGAGUUUCAAUCCAUGCAUUAGGGCAUUCAGGCAUUGCAAGCCCCUGGUUCAGGUUGACGGCACACACCUAUAUGGAAAAUACAUAAGUACACUUCUAGUCGCUGUUGCACAAGAUGGGAACCAGAACAUUGUGCCUAUCGCCUUUGCCUUGGUGAAAGGGGAGACAGCUGAUGCGUGGCACUUCUUUCUCAGGAAUCUGCGAACGUAUGUUGUUAGAAAAGACGGGAAGCUUGUUGUCAACAUAGGGUAUUCAAGAACGGUGGAGGAGUACAAUAUCAACUAUAAGAGGUUGGAAGAGCGAGGCGAGGCAUAUGCCAGGUGGUGCGAUGCCAUCGGACUCAGACAUUGGGUAUUGGCAUUCGACGAGGGACAUCGAUGGGGCCAUAUGACAACGAACCUUGUCGAGUGCAUUAACUCAGUGUUGAAGGGUGCCUGUAAUCUACCUGUGUUGGCGAUGGUCCGAGCAACAUAUUAUAGGUUAAAUGAACUCUUUACGCGGAAAAGUGCCGAGACUCAUGAACGCAAGCGUGCUGGAUAUACGUACUCCGCAUUUGCGCAACAGCGGAUAGAAGCAAUUGUUGAUCUUGCACGACGAACGUGUGACUGUGGACGCUUUCAGGUUGAACAAAUACCAUGUCGCCAUGUUAUUGCUUGCUGUGCUAACCAGCGUCUCGAUUGGCAGUUGUAUGUGCAUGAUGUGUACAAGAUGACAGAAGUUCAUAAGGUAUAUAGAUUUGAGUUCACACCAUUAGGAGAUCCCAAGACAUGGCCUGCUUAUGAGGGACCCACAUUGGUCGCUAAUCCCGCCCUGAGGCGAACGUCUAAAGGCAGGCCCAAACUGACCCGAUACUUGAAUGAAAUGGACUCUUGUGACAUGCGUGGUCCUCAGAUAUGCCGUCUCUGUGGUGCUCAGGGUCAUAGUCGGAGUAGUUGUCCAUAG